AAAACUUUACUUUGGUUGCACUUGGUGUCUGCGACCACUAGAGGUCCCUUCAACACCAAAGUAUCUCUUGCCACUGUGAGUCGAAGCUCCGGAAAACGACACGCGGAUAUGUAAAGUUGGUUUGAGUUAUUAGUGGAUUUGCCGUAUUACAGACUAUGUGGACCAUUCUACCAAAGAUGCUGGAAUUCCACCGUGGUGCCUCCUUUAGAUCAUUUCUUUUUAAAUUAAGAGCCAGCCACAGACCAGUUCUCAGGAAUAAUCACUACACUACUUCCUGGUGUGUCCGAUGGAGUUGCAUUACCUGCUGGAGUAGACAAUCUUUUUGCAGAUAUACAACUUUGAAUUCAGAAAACAUCUUGAAUGUGGGCAUCAGAAGUAAUGUUUUUUUAAGAAAAUAUGGAAACAUAAACUGUAGUAUAUUAGAUGAAAGCACAUAUGAAAAACUUGCAGAAGAAACUCUUGAUUCAUUAGCAGAAUUCUUUGAAGAUCUUGGAGAUCAGCCAUGUACUUCUGUGGACUUUGAUGUGACAUUUGGGAGUGGAGUUUUAACUGUUAAACUGGGUGGAGACAAAGGAACAUACGUAAUCAACAAACAGACGCCAAAUAAGCAGCUUUGGCUGUCAUCUCCAGUCAGUGGACCCAAGCGUUAUGACUGGACUGGAACAAACUGGGUUUAUACUCAUGAUGGAAUCAGUUUACACAGUCUUUUAGAAAUGGAAUUGUCUUCAACACUGGGCACCAAGCUGAACCUGUCACAGUUGCCACAUUCAGGAAAAGGAAAAGCUGAAUGACAGAAGUGAUAAUUGUUCUUGAAGUAGCCACAACUGAACAUAUAUCAUUUCUUUGUUGUUGCUUUCUGCUUCAUUUAAUGCUGAAAGGAAAAUUAUUCAGAAAAAGUAAACCGCAAGACAAAGUGCCAGACUGACCUCAUUUAUGUUGGCAUCUGUAGUCCUGUUAAUUCAUGGAAUAUAUACAUAGUGACAGGGAGCAAAACAGUUAUGUGCGUUCUGUAACCUUAUGUCCACUAGUCUGCUGUGUCUUUGCUUUUUGAUACUUUACAUGGUUUGGUCAUUUUGAGGAGAAGGGGCAGCUGUUUUGUUUCCUAAUGUUUCACUUUUAGCUGCAUAUUUAUUCUUACUACUUGAAUAACUGAGAAACACUUCUUUCAUAUCUGUUCUAAGACAGGGCUGAAGAAGUAAGCAUACUGGUAGAUUUCUGGAUUAUAUGUGAUGUAAACUCUUGCCAGUUUCACUGGUAUAAAUCAGUGUUAGAUUAUUCUAAACAGCAGUUCUGCCUAGAAUCAGUCUAGGAAAUGAAUAAUGUCCUGCCUUACAGAGAAUAGUUCUGGUGUCAUAUUUCAACAAAAGUUGAUAUUAUGAUUGUCAUUCCUUAAACUAUAUUUACAGUUUAUAAGUUGAAAUGUAUGGAGUAGUGAUGUAGCAGUUAGCAUCUCUGCCUCACAGCACUUUUGUUGUCCUUGUUGAUUCUUAGCUGGGGUGCCUUGUGUGUGCAGUCACCCUGUCCCACCUGUGCCUAUAUGGGUUUUCACUGGUGUCAACAGUUUUCAUCUAUAUCCCACAAACAUGCCAGCAGGUUAACAGAUAAUACAGCAAAUUGCCCAUAAGUGUGUAUAGCGUGUAUCCUAAUGUGUUUGCCUCCUGAAAUAAAUAGGUUACUGUUGCAGGAUCUUUCCGUCCAUGCCUUACAAGCUUUGCUUGCAGUACAGGCUUUGGUUUUCCCCUUGACUCCAAAUAGAAUAAAGUGAGUACUGGAACUGAAUGAACAAAUGAUAUGGUCCCUUGCCAGCAUAUUUCCAUGGGUACAUGAACUGGACUGCAAGCACAUGUCAUGUGACUUGAUUGGCAUCAUUUAUUUGUCAGGAUGUUGUGAAACAUGAAGCUGGUUUUGAUUAAAUGUCCACAUUUGUCAUAUUUUAAGAACAAUGUGGUUGAAAUAUGUUAUCCUGGUUGAGCAUAUGUGAUUUAGGAUAAUUCAGAUUAAUAGUACUGCAGCCAAAUUCUUCUUGCUUCUAACUCACCUUAUUUACCUUUAACUUUCAUGGAAGGUAUUUUAUAGUUUGUUUAUACCUGUGGAUCAGAUCUGCUAACAAUAGCCACCAACAAAUAGGGCUUUGAAAACGGAUUCACUGAUCCAGCUAGGGUCAGCACUUCCACUGUUGACAUUCUAACAUAGUGCAGUUUUUAAAGACAUGGGCAGCUCCAUCCUGUUCUAAGUUUGUUGUUUUUGUUGUACUUCAUACUUAAAUCAUUGUCAGAAAAUGUGAUAAUUUCGUUAACCACCAUUACUGUGUUUAUUACUGUUUACAUUUGUGUGUCUAGAAAUUCAUUUUUGUCCUUUCCUGACAUUUCACAGAGGAAAUAAAUAUUCUGGCCAGUAAUUAUGAAUGGAUUGUCGUGUUGCCUUUGGUCUUCCUCAGCCUAAAGCUGAUAUGCUUUGCAGAGAUGUCCUGAAAAUCUUCAGGUGAAACAAGAGUUUUUAGACUAGAGGUGAAUACUUCAUCUUCACACUUCACUCUUUGCUGGUGAAUGUGAUGCAUUUUCUGGUUCUUUCAAAAUGAUUGCUAUGCAUAUUUUUUGACCAAUAGUCAGAUCUAGCAAUAAACACCAAUCUAUUUUGACAGCAUUUUGGCAAUGUUGUACUUUGCUAUCUACAUUUCCGAGACUAUCCCCCCUCAUGAAAGCCAUAGAGAAGGAAUUGGUGUUCUUUUCCUGGAUAUUCCAAAGCAGAUUCUAAUAGACCAAGGGACACCUUUUAUUCCAAAAUCAUGGGGUACCGCUGCUAAAGUUUUCAUGUGGAACAGCUGAGAAUAUCAAUUUAUCACCCUCAAACUGUGAUCAGCAAUUACCUUAUUUAAUGUUUUCUGUCCAAGAAAUGUUGCAAGCCUCUGCGGGAUUUACCUCCUUUUUUGUGUGGUAGAUGCCUCGGGGGCUAUUAAAUAUAGCUGAGGAUGAGACACCUUUUAAAAGCAUGUUAGGGCAUUAAAAUGAUUUACAGGACAGAAUAAGAGUGGUAAUGUUGAUUGUGCAGGAACAUAUGGAGGAGAGCACAAACUAGUGAACAAAGAAGCCUGCAAUAAGUUUGAAAAUAAGGAACUUUUAGUAAGACACCAAAUCCUGUUGCUGGUCCCUAUGACCAAAACAAUUUUCUGGCCAAAAUGGCUGGGACAUUGCAAUGUAACUGAGUGAAUAAACUAAUUAAACAGUAAGGUAAGGCAGAUAGGGAAGAGACAAGCAGAACAAAGCUGCCACAUAAAUGUCUUAACACCCUGGUGGGAGGCACGAAUGAGUAAUUUUAGCACAGUUUCUGAUAUUAGGGGCUGCAAGCAGAAAAAAAAACAGAUGUUAUAUACUCCCGGUAAUAGUGAACAACACCCCUUCAGAACUUCAGAAACUAGAAGUUCAAGAGUUUCUUUUGAGAAGCAAAGUUUCUUCUCCGUGUUGCCUGGAAGGACAACUCUUAUCAAAUACCACAUCCGAACAAACCCAAGGGAAAAAUUCAUCUAACACCCUAUUGUGCAUCUGUUUCUGAGUUACAGAUACACCCUACAGUGCAUCUGUAACCCAGAAACAAACAGUCGGAGUAAAUGAAGAAUCAUCCAGUGGUUGGAAAGAUUUUAUGCGAAACCCAAAACUGGACAGUACUGUCUGAUUUUGUAAUGGUUUCAGAAAGCUCAGCAGUAUCUACAAGUUUAAAAUCUACCCUGGGCACAAAGUAGAAGAAUUGGCAGGGAAGACUAAGUUUCUGAUACGGCAAAGGAGAUAUUGGCAGAUUUCGUUAACCAAAGGGGCUAAGGAGAAAACUGCAAUCUCAACAGCAGAUAGCUUUUUUCAGUACACCAAGCUUUCCUUUGGCCUCCAUAUGGAGCCCAAGCCGCUUUCUAAGGACUAACAGACUAUGUAGUGAAGCCUCACAAUUAUUGUACUGUGGCUUGUAUGGACAAUGUACUCAUCCACUCAGAAGACUGAGAUUCAUUUCUACCAAAAGCCUAAGCAGUGCUGGAUUCACCAAGCAGGCUGGGCUUACUGUUACUGCUCCCAAGUGCAAGGUAGGAAUGACCAAGGUGAGGUAUCUUGGUUACAUAGCUGAGGGGUUGAUUAAACCUGAAAAGGAAAAGAUAGAGGCUGCAAAAGAAUAACCACUCCCUCAAAUGAAAAGGCAGUUGAGGGCCCUCUUGGGUCUUGCUGGGGAUUAUAGGAAAUGUAUCCUCCAAUUUGUUUUUAUAGCUUGUCCCCUUAGAUGUCUGAUCAAAGGGAAGUUGCCUGAAUGGGUCAGGUGGGUAUUAAAAACAGGAGAGACUUUCCAGAAAGUUCAACAAAUUUGUGCACUAAACCAGUUCUGAUGUUCCCCGACUUCUUCAGUUUAUCCUCAGUCCCAUGCUUUAAAGGUUGAGUUGGGGCAGUUGUAGCUUAUGAAACAGAAAAGGAAGAACAGUCAGUCUGCUAACAAAAAAAACUAAACAAAAUUGAGACCAAAUACUCCACAAUACACUGACAAUACCUAGAUGUUAAGUAGGCCUCUGGGUCCCUACGUUAUUUUGUAGUGGGUAGAGAGUUCACCUUAGUUACAGAUCAUGCUCCCCUGCAGUGUUUGCACUGGCAGAAAGAAGACAAUAUUAAGGUCAACAGAUAGGCCUUUGCAUUGCAUCCAUUUCACUUCUGCAUCCAUCACCAUUUUGGAGUUCACCACCACAACGCAAAUGGUCUGUAAAGGACCCAAAGGCUUUCCAGCAGGCUUGAAGCAGAUAGGUUCACCAUGGUGUUGUGUGUUUGUGGGUGGGGGGGUGGCCCAUAAUGUAGCAUGGUGAUUAUUCAUUGGCUGAGAGACAAAAUAUAGACAUGAAAGGGGGGUUUAACAAUGUUAGUGCUAUAAAGGGAGAAAGUGAACAAGCCACUUAAUCAGGCAUUGCUUCUGGGUCACUCCUGAAAAGGGAGUUUGUGUCUGUUGACUCUUCCUGAUUAACAAAUGAGUAUUAUUAUUAUUAUUAUUAGUAAUAUUGCUGUUAUUAUUAUAGUGAGAAUCUAGAAGAGUCUGAAAUGCAGCUGCAAUAGGAGAGAUGAACUGAGGUUAGAGCAUUUGUCUCUGAGAUGGGGGUUUGUUUGUGUUGGAGAGUGUUGAAAAGUCCUAGUGACAGAAACUGUGAACUGCCUGGCUUGAGAACUGUUGCUAAUGGUGUUGUUUUGAGUAACUCUUGAUUUCUAACAUGCAUUUGAAGCUGUUAGCACUGAAGUUUGGUUUUAAUGAUACCUAAAUUGAGUGUUGCUGCUAGAGUGGCUAAUAGACUAAAUGGUUUUCUGCUGCUAUAGGUUUCUGUUUUACCACAUGGAGAAGUUAGCUUGCUUAUACAUUUGGUCAAUAAAGCUGCUUAUUUUCAAGGA